AGAGUACGCUGCGACGCGAAUACCGCGUAUCUACUGCGAACCAUAGCUGUGAGUGCACUGCAUACAUCUAAUAGCAUUUCUUGCGGGGCAGAAGGUCCAAAGACUGCGCGACAUAUUGGGUGCUCAUCAGACUGAGUUCGAGGGUCCAUCCGUACAGCUGCCUUUUUUGAACACAACGAUAGCCACUGGACCUCCGACAUGCCUCACCGAUUUAAAGGAGCGCGGGUGUCGCGCUCGCACCGCCGCUCGUGCAGCUUCCGCUGUAGUAAUCCCCCUCCUCUUCAUUCCCCUCGAUCAACAACCGCACCUUUGCGACCUCCAAUGGCGCACUCCACUCCUCGCACGGCGAAGCAGAUCGUGUAUCACUUUGAUAUGCGGAAUAUCAGGCAGGCGAACGAGCAAGACAUGGCGGCUUGGCGGAGCGAGGUAGACGGCAAGAUCGUGGACAUGACCUCGUCGAUAGAUGAGUUCUUGUGCGUGUUCGUACCUAGCAAUGCCGCGCUGCCAUCGUUGAAAGCUCGGCGUCCCUUCAACGUCCCUGUUGGUGUGGCCGAGUCGCGUAUGUAUGAGCCUCUGUGUAACGGGCUCAAGAAGCUAGUUGUGGACUUUCCCCCGGAGAAGCAACCAUGCUUUCACAACAACGCACACGAACUCAUCAAGUUUCCGUUCGAGAAGUACGAGCACGAUUACCACGCGACUAAGCCGGAUGUCGUCGCAUCGCUUCCUGGCCAGACAUUUAACAUAUCCGUCGUAUUCGAGGCGAAGAACACCGAGAAAGCUGAUCCGAUGGGAUAUUCCUCGAAGGAGAAUAACGAGGCGUUGGUACAGUUGGCCAAAAGCGCGCGCAAUAUCCUGGUUUCCCAGAGCAGAUUGUUUACCUUCGCAGUCGGCAUCUAUGGCGACAAAGCGCGCAUCUAUCGUUUCGACCACGCUGGCGCAGUCUGUUCGCCUCUAUUCCCGUACACGUCGAAGGGUGGCGCAGUCUUACACGAGUUCCUGUGGCGUCUUGUCAACCCUAUGCACGAAGGAUGUGACAUCGUCGGGGCUGACCCGACUGUGCGGCUUCCAACGCAGGAUGAUCGAGAGCAGCUGGAGGCAGAACUACGCCUAGGAGGCGUUGAUUACGACGAUAACACGUGGAGUAUGUGUCGCUGGGUCACCGUCAAGGGCGCCGCCGAGGGGAGGUACAUCAAGUAUCUCUUGUACGACCUAGUGUUCAUCAACCCUGGUCUGUUUUCCCGCGCGACGACACAAAUCGCAGGAAAGCAUGUCAUCAUCAAGGAUUCGUGGCAACAGCUGGCGCGGAGACCAGAGACCGAGCAUUACGAGCAGAUCAACGCUUAUAUUGGGUCGCGACUGAUACAGGACUACCUUGAGGCCGACGACGACAUGACAGAGGCAGAGGCGUUCCUGAGCGCAUGGGACCAAGAAUGGACUGGAUUGGCACAAUUUGUAGCAGGCGACGAUCUCGGGGAAGAAGAGUUGAGCAUGGCCGACCGAGAGCGCGUCGGACAGCAUACGUCCUCCGCGAAAUAUCAAAACGAGCUCUUGCACCAGUUCCUCGAACGCAGUCACACGCGAACUGUGUCGAGAUCAGUUGGUACGCCCCUCUCGCGUUUCCGCGAAACCCGGGAGAUGGCGCAGGCACUUCGCGAUGCAAUUUACGGACACCGCACUGCAUUCGAGGCUGGGAUUUUGCAUCGCGACAUCAGCGAAGGCAAUGUUUUGAUCGCUAACGGGCGAGGCUUCCUGCACGAUCUUGACUAUGCGUCAAACUGGAAGGCGUUCCUGUAUGUCCGAAGAUACGAGCAUACGAUCGAAAGCUGGGAUAAAUAUGUGAAGACGGGCGCGGGCAUUCCGAGGGAGGGCGCGGGCGCCGCAGAAUGCGCUACAGCUGAGAAGGCGCCACCCGUGGGUGGCAUCGACAGUGGCACGAACAAGCGCUCGCCUCCUGCCCCGAUCGUCAACAGGAAAGGCGAAAAAGAGUAUUACGUCGAUGCCGUCAUCGCGGAACGGAGGGAGGGGCGAACGCGCAAGUACAAGGUGAAGUGGGAAGGCGUUGACGAGGACCAGGCCACAUGGGAGCCUGCAGCUAACGUACGGGGCUGCGCGGCGUUUCUGGAUUGGAUGAAGCGUCCUGAAGACGAGCGAAGAGAGUUGUCGAAGAAGCACCUGCCUAAGGACACCAGUGGCACAGGGGAGGAGGCUGUUUCAGCCACGAGCAAGAACGAAACCGGCGCUGCACCAGUGAGAGCAGAGCGUAAUCGCACAGAGUGCAAGGAACGCACCGGCACGUUCUACUUCAUGGCCAUCGAAGUGCUGCGGGGUCCAGUCAUUCAUCAAGUCAAACAUGACCUGGAGUCUUUCUUCUGGCUACUCAUCUGGCUCGUUCUGCGACAUACCGCGCAUACUCAUUCAGAUACGGCCCUGACGCUGAAGACGCUGUUCGACCAACCUACCGAUGGGCAAUGCUCGUUUUCAAAGGCGGGCUGGCUCUUGACUGGCGACUCAAUUGGCGUCGAGGGCAACGCACCUCUCACAUACAUCCUCGAGAAGUUUACGAAGCUUUGCAGAGUAUCCCACUACAAAGACAUCUUCAUGCCAUUGACGUACGACAGCGUGCUCAAGAUCUUCGACGACGCUCUCGAUCGCGAGGACUGGCCCGUCGACGACGCAGCGAUACCCUUCGUUCCUGCCCGUAACCCUGAUCUGCGGCAUCAAGCACGUCCCCAAGGCAGCAUACCAGGCGGUCAACUAAGCGGACAGGGUCAAAAUCACACGUCUGCUAGAGCCGGUAGCUCUAAGCUGCCUCUGCCCUUGGGUAUCGUCAACUUGCAGCGCGAUCAAGAUGUCGCGAGUGGGGGUACUCGUAGCAUUGACGGUGCUAUGAAUCUCCUUCGGAGCCGGAUGGGAUCCAGCUCAGGAACCUUUGAAGAUGCCGUUCGAACAGCUUCAGGUAGUGUGCCUGUUAGUGGGCGCGGUCUGUCGUAUGUUGAAGGCCCCCCGCGGAGGUCGAGACAUUCGUCUUUGCGAGACACCGAUAUCGUCAUGCCACCGCCACUCCCUGACUCGCCCACGCCAUCUAUGCCGCGACGAUCCACAGCCAGCUCGAUCAGCGAGAUACCCUCGUCACCUGCGGUGCAGGAACAACCAGAAUCGCCGGAACCUUGGGAUACGCACUCAGGCUCCCCUUCAAUAGCGAGCCGACUUCAAGCAGCCUUGGAAGAACCCGACAGUGGGCCAGAUAGCCCCCCGCACAUUGGUCACGGCCUCGAUUCAUCGCACACUCGCGAGUAUGAACGCGUGAGCAGUCCGAGCGGAGUAUCCCACAAUGGGCGGAAACGAUCGUACGAGGACCUGGGAAGAAACGAGGAAGAACUUGGGCCUUCAAAGCGCUCGCGGACUCGCAGCCAGCAGUCUCGUCGUCAGUUGUUCCGGUCACGCCCAUCUUAG